AAGCGAACUCCAGAUCUGACAGAAGGUGGCCGCCGGCCAAGGACAAACCUGGCCUUCUAACAUCCCCGCCCCCGCCCCGCCCCUCGCAGGGGGGAGGAGCGACGGCUACAAUGGAUCCUCCCGCGGGCUUUGUGCGCGCUCGGAAUCCAGCUGUCGCCGCCCCGCGGAGCCCCCAGUCCCGGGAGGGCGCGCGUUUUCGGGCCGCCCACCACCCGGAUCGCAGCCGCAGCCGCUUCCCCUGCAGAGCCCAGAGCCGCUCCUUCCCGCUCCGUGGCGGACUGGCACGGGUCACUGCCCAAAAUGCCCGUCGACUUCACCGGGUACUGGAAGAUGCUGGCCAACGAGAAUUUCGAGGAGUACCUGCGCGCGCUCGAUGUCAAUGUGGCCUUGCGCAAGAUCGCCAACUUGCUGAAGCCAGACAAAGAGAUCUUGCAGGACGGCGACCAUAUGAUCAUCCGCACGCUGAGCACGUUUAGGAACUACAUCAUGGACUUCCAGGUCGGGAAGGAGUUUGAGGAGGAUCUGACCGGCAUAGAUGACCGCAAGUGCAUGACCACGGUGAGCUGGGACGGGGACAAGCUCCAGUGUGUGCAGAAGGGUGAGAAGGAGGGGCGUGGCUGGACCCAGUGGAUCGAGGGUGAUGAGCUGCACCUGGAGAUGCGAGUGCAGGGUGUUGUCUGCAAGCAAGUAUUCAAGAAGGUGCACUGAGACCCAGGCAGACCACUGGUGUCAAGGCAUGAGUGGUGUGGGUGUGUGGGCCCGGAUCCCCCCUUUGCACAGCAGGGGGCAGAAAUGUCCAGCCACCCCCAGGCAUCUGUUAGAAGAGUCUGUCUCUUGGCUUUGUCUUUUUUCCUUUGCUUAAAAUAAAGCCAUACCAAUAAAGUGAUCUCUGUUCAAGAUGU